UGUACGAGGCUUUAGAGUGGACCAGCAAAAGUUUGUGGAUUUUUCACUGUGCCCAUGUUGGUCAAAUCCCAAGUGGUAAAUCAAUCUGCCAAUCUUGAACCAUAAGGAUUAGGUUGAGAAAAGGGGCCGUCCCUUCGAGAGAGGCACAUCAUGGUGGAACAUGCCAUGGCCUUCUUGGCACCGGUGCCACAUCUGACUAAUGUCUGAUCUCUUUGAUUUUUGUUGGGUUUCAGUUUUUGGUUUUUUUAGGACACAGACAUCUGACCGUGAACACGUUCUACAACUUCCUUCUCUUCUGGGAGGAACUGAAAAUUAAACCACAAGUCUAAUAGACGGGAGCUCAUCCAUAAUGAGGACGUCCAAUCCGUCUAUUCUUAUCGUCUGGUCUUCCCUCAUUCAAGUGGCAUCCGGUUAUCUCUUUGGGCCAAGGCAAGUUACCGGAUCACUAGGGGGAUCGGUGACGGUCUCGUGUUACUACAGUUCCAUAUCUGCGAACAUCCAUGGUAGGAAGUUUUGGUGCAAGGUGCACAAAGGCCAAUGUUACACCAUCGUAUCCACCACGCCUUAUAUUAAGGAAAACGACAUGAACCGAACGUAUCUACAAGAAUUCAGAAACUACUUCAUGAUUAAUAUGACGAGCCUUCAACCCGAAGAUUCAGGAGCGUACUGGUGCGGAAUUGGAAACAGGAACCACGGUCUCCAUUAUCCUGUGAAUGUGACUGUUUCUCAAGGAAAAAAUGUCCCUUCCUCUUCUGAAAUCUUUAUUGGAAGACUCGGGGGUUCCCUCGCCAUCCCUUGCCCGUCUCUCGCGAUGCCUCACAAUGGGACCCUCUACUGGUGCAAAGUGAGCGACACCAAACCUGCAGCCUGUGACACCAUCAUCGACAGUUCCGGGCAGGUUAACCGUCACUUCUGGGGAAGAGUCCUGAUCCAGGACGAAAGGGACACAACCGGCUUCAACAUACUUGUGAAUGACCUCAGAAGGAGCGAUUCUGGAUUCUACCGCUGUGGGGCGCAUUCUCCCGCUGAAGAGCUGGGUUGGAAAGAUGUUCACCUCCAUAUUAUAAAUGAACCAACCAGGUGGAAGAUGUUCAGGCCGCUGACCGCCAGCCAAUCUCUCCGCGUGAGGUGCCAAGUUCCAAAAGACUUUGCCUCCGGUGCUCUGACCUAUUGGUGUAGAUGGAGCCCCAUGGGGUGUCCACCUCUUUUAGACUCCAACGGAUUCGUUCAUGAAGAUUUUAAAAGCAGAAUAAGCCUUGUUUCCGACAACUCCACCAUCAGGGCGUACACCGUCACCGUGAACCAUUUAGAAGUGGGGGAUUCCGGAUGGUAUUGGUGCGUCACCACUGAUGGGUUGAAGGUGGAGUCAUCAUCCAUGGAUGUCAUGGUUUUCGAGCUCAGUACAGUCCAAAGCCUCAGUACUACAACCAAUGGCAGGGUGCCUACCAUCUCUCCCAUCCAGAACUACAGUCACUCCGUCCCUCCUUCUAAUGUCUCCAUGCAAGACAGUUCUGCAGUGCAGUACUCAACAUCCUCCAGCAGUGGGCAGCGCAGCACCAAAUUCAGUCCAAUGUCCUCUAACCCUGUAAUGGGCACAGACGGCACUCAAGGUAUGAACCCUUCCAGCAGCAGUGGGAUGCAAACCACUCACAAAUCCAGAGCACCGUCAACUUUGGGGCCCCAACAUAUAUCAGGAACCACACAAUGGACAGUAAAUUCUACGCUUUACAGUCAGCCGGUCUCAGGAAAAAAUGAAAGCAGAACUGAAAGUUUAGUUUCCAGGCGCAAGAACCUGUACCUCAUUCUCAUCCCCGUGCUGGUGAUCGCCUGCAUUUCUAUUCUUGCAACAGUGUUUGCCGUUCAUGUUAAAGGUCAGAAAAAUAGAGCAGCCAAUGGUCCCACCACUGAGCCGGAAAAUAUCGCAAUGAUCGAUGGGGAGGCAAAUCUGGAAAAGGCACAACAUAAUGACAGCAACGUGUUUCGGUUGGCAGAUCCUGAAAAUCUUUCUGGAGAAACAGAUGUCUGAACAUGGAGCCCCCCGGCCCCCCCGGCGUAUCCAAUCUACAUAAUCCUACAGACUCGGAUUUCUCGGAUUGGUUCUCGUCUAUCGUUCUGUUUCUGACAGUUUCCCAAUCGUGUUUCUCAGCGGAGGAAUGAAUGAGAUCGAAGGUCUUCAUAAUUCUAUAGAAUUAGGAGGACGCGGGCAGAAGACGGGAAUUCGGAUCCUUUUUAUAUUUCUGUCAUUACUGUUGGAAUAAAAGGCGAAAGUUGGGAUUUUAAUGCCUUUUUAUAAACGCUCGUUCCGUCAGCGAUUUAUUUUAUUAUGAAGACAAACGUUUUCUGAACAAGGUUAAACGAGAUUUAAAACCUCA